AUGGCGGUGGUUGGAAAUGGUGACACUAGAUAUUAGUUUUGUUCGUCAUGGCGAGUGUAGAUCCAAAAAGCUCAUCGUUUCCAGGUGGUUUUGAUCUUCGUCAUCGUCUCAAGUUAACUCAAGAGGGUUUAGAGAAGGAUCUAUGGUAUGUAACGCAUCUUUCAAUAAGCCCAAAACAAGAUGUUUUUGCAGUUGGAGGACCACAAGGUUCUAUUAAGCUGUUAAACGUGGACACUCUUCUUUAUGUUGCAGAUUUUAAAGCUCAUUCUGCAAGGAUUACAGGUCUGGAAUACUGUCACACUAAUGAACAUUGGCUCUGGUCCACAUCUAUUGAUAAUGCACUUAGUUACUGGGAUUCAAGGAAAGCAUUUAGAGCACCAGUUUACAGAAUCCUGAGCCCAAACAACUGUUCUUUUACUGCUUGUGGUUUGAACUAUUCAGAUGAAAUUGUUGCAGCUGCUACAGAGCCUUAUGGUGAAGAUGUCUGUUUGUACCUCUGGGAUAUCAGAAAGCUAAAUGCAGAGAGGUUGCUGCAGACUCACAUGGAUAUGUACACAGACUCACAUAAUGGUGAAAUUACUCAGAUCCAGUUUAGUCCACUUCAGACUCAUCAAAUGGCAACUGGCUCCACUGAUGGUUUGAUCUGUUUAUUUGAUGUAUCUAAAGGAAAUGAAGAUGAUGCCUUGGACUCAGUACUAAACACAGGAUCCUCUGUGAGUCAAAUUGGUUAUUUUGGUCCAAAGUUAGCAGAGCUUUAUUGUCUGACCCAUAUUGAGACUGUUCAGCUGUGGGACACUGUGGAGGGUUCAAUGACCACACAUUUCACCAACCCCAGGGAAGAAAAUGGGACUGAAGACAAGUUUGAUUACUUCGUCAACUGCAUGUAUUGCCCAACAGAAAAUCAGUUGUACUUUGUGGGAGGCACAAACAGUGGCCGCCUUCAUGUGUUUCAUGUCAAAGAUUCUGAGCUGGAGCCGGUUUGCCCUCUAAUGGGAGGACACACUUCCAUCGUCAGAUGUCUUCAGUGGGAUUACAAAUCUGAGACCCUAUUGACUGGUGGGGAAGAUUCUAUAAUUUCCUGUUGGAGGUCUGUAAGGCCUCAGACGAGCGCAGCUGGCAAGGCUGAGUCAGGCAUGAGGGAAAAAUUAAAAGCACACGGAAACAAGCCUUACGAGAAACCGACCAGUGACGUGAAGGAGACGUAACCGCGCGUAGUCUGUUGGCAGCGCUCGACAGCGCUUCAGAAGCUGUUUAGGCAAAUACCGUCUGGGUGGACACAUCACUCCGAGGACGAAAUAAUUAGGGACAUUCGAAACUGCUGAGCACUUAAUACCACCAUUUCGAGUUUGUCUUUCGAGAUCCGUGCCAAUCUUCUCCAUGCCUAACCAUCGGGGUCAUUCCAUUUUAUUUAUUUUUACCUCUUUGCUCUUUAUCUACACUAGCAAAGGCUUAUAUUAAUAUUUUAGAUUAACUUCAUUACGAUAGCUUGAUGUCAGUAUAUUUUUGAAACGUCAAAGUUAGCUUGAUAGAAAUAGGAAGAACUCCAAAGAGAAUUCCAAUGAUAGUGAUAAACUCUGGUUAAUAACCUCUGAAUUAGUAAGAGUCAAUCAUACGAUAAUCAGUAUGGAUGAAAACGGAGAAGGUUGAAACAGAUUACCAAAGACGACUUUGAAGAAUUAAGGAUAACUUUAUUUAAGGUACCCCAGCCGUGAAAACAGCUCCCUUGAGGAUUUCAUUUAUUUGAGGGUACUUGUCUAAGACGCCAAUAUGGCUCGAAAUUUUUCCGGGAUCGUUUCUAGGUUUACCUCAGACGGAAACUUUUGCGCGGUUUUCUUUUUAAGCAUCAGACAGUUUAUUUUAAGACCCGAAAUAUAAGAAUUCAUGGUUGCAUGUUGGCUGCCGGAAAUGGAUAACGGCGUGCGUGGGAAGCCGGCGAGAAUUAUGUAACAGACUCGCGAAAGGGUGUGGAAAGAUAGAAUAAACGGUGACCACCCAGAACCAUGCUGACACUGCAGGGACAUACCAGGACUAAAACUGAGAGAGACAGUUUUGAUCAGCUUGCCCGCUGCGCCUCCCUUCGAAUUAAGUAAUUAUAUUUGAUAUUAUCAUUUCCACGUGCCGCUAUUUUUGCCACCCAUGCGUUACGUUAUCUGCGGUAGCUUCUAGUUAGCCCACUAUAUGUUGGCAUCAAUUACUCAUUCUCUAGAGCUCUUUAACGUCAGGGAGUGACUAGCGUCUAAUUUGUCAUACAUUAUUGCUGGUGAAUCAAACAUUUAAGUCACGAGAAUAAAGAAAUGAUCAACAUCUGAA